UAAAUUGAUGCAUCAUGCAUGACGAUGAUGUCGUGUUUUUAGUGGCAGACAUGUUGGUAUCUUGGGCCACACAAGUGGGUCACAGAUAGUUGUCAAUGUUACCUUUUCACCCUCCAACUGUGUUUGGCAGAACCAUCCAAUGCGUGUUACACCCUUGACUUGAGUCAAGCACAGUUGAGCAGAAGGCAAGACAAGCGUGAGAUUUGAUUGCAAUGUUGGGGAGUUCAUCAUCUUCUUCGUCUUCUACAAUUGCUAUGGUUCCUUCUCCUCCAAAGUAUGAUGUGUUCCUGAGCUUUAGAGGGCCUGACACGCGUUACAACUUCACCAGUCAUCUUUAUGCUGAACUCCGGAAGAAAAAGAUUGAAACCUUCUUAGAUCACAAACUAGCCAAAGGCGAUGAGAUCUCACCAGCACUCCGCAAAGCAAUUGAAGAAUCCAGGAUUUAUGUCAUCAUUUUCUCACAACACUAUGCUUCUUCCUCAUGGUGUUUGAAUGAACUCACUACCAUACUCGAAUGCAAGAAGAGAUAUGGAAGGGAUGUCAUACCAGUUUUCUAUAACGUGGAUCCAUCAACUGCCAGGCACCAGACAGAGAGUUAUGCAGCUGCUUUUGUUAAGCAUCAACUGCGAUUCAAGGAGGACGUAAUUAGCGCGUGGAAGGGUGCUCUAGCCCAAACAGCUGGACUCUCCGGCUGGGAUUCAUUAGUCACCAGACCAGAUCCCCUACUUAUUGCAGAAAUUGUGAAAGAUAUUUUUACAAGAUUGGGUCGUUCUUUCUUAAGUGAUAGUCAUCAAGGAAUAGUUGGAGUUGACAAGCAUAUUGCACAAAUUCUUCCCUUGUUGCACCUUGAGUCAGCUGCUGUUCGGAUCAUAGGAAUAUGGGGCAUGGGAGGAAUCGGUAAAACAACAAUUGCUCGUGCAGUAUAUCACAGACUUGCUGCUCAGUUCUGUUCUAGCAAAUUGGUUGUAAAUAUUCAACAAGAAAUAGAAAGAGAUGGAAUACACAGGAUCAUAUCCAAAUAUUUGACAGAGCUUUAUCAGGAAGAUAACACACUGAAAAAGGUUCUCCUCGUUCUUGAUGAUGUGAAAAAUUCGGGUCAAGUUGCAGAAUUAAUUGGAGAGUGCGGCAACUUCAACUUCGGCCCGGGAAGUAGAAUUAUUCUGACUAGUAGAGACAUGCAAGUGCUUAAGAAUGCCAACGCUGAUGAAAUAUAUGAAGUCAAGGAGAUGAGUUUUGAAGAUUCUCUACAACUCUUCAGUUUAAAUGCCUUCAAAAGAAACGAUCCCUUAGAAACUUAUAUAGACUUAUCAAAAAAAUUAUUAAGUUAUGCUAAAGGGAUUCCAUUAGCCCUCAAAGUUUUGGGCUUAUUUCUUUAUGGUAGAGAAAGGAAAGCAUGGGAAAGUCAGUUGGUAAAGCUGGAAAAGCUUCCUGAUCCUGAAAUUAUAAAUGUGUUGAAAUUAAGUUAUGAUGGGCUUGAUGAUGAUCAAAAGGAUAUAUUUCUUGACAUAGCUUGCUUCUAUUUAGGACAUCUGGAGGAGUCUGUGGCACAAACACUGGAUAGCUGUGGUUUCUUUGCUGACAUUGGCAUGGAGGUUCUCAAAGAUAGGUGUCUUAUUUCUAUUUUGGAAGGUAGAAUCGUGAUGCAUGAUCUAAUAGAGGUAAUGGGAAAAGAAAUAGUUCGUCAACAAUGUCCCAAUGAUCCUGGAAAACGCAGUCGAUUAUGGAACGAUGAUCAAACAUAUGAUGUUUUAGGCAAAAAUAAGGGGACAGAUGCAAUCCAGUGUAUAUUCCUCAACACAUGCAAAAUAAAAAAAGUUAACCUACAUGCUGAAACUUUCAAAAACAUGACUAAUCUGAGAAUGCUCCAGUUCUAUAAGUCUCGUGUCUUUUCCCUUGAAUCGAAUGUGAUCCUUCCUGCAUCUCUUGGAAGUCUCCCGAAUCAUUUAAAAUUUCUUCGUUGGGAUGGAUUUCCCCAAAGAUAUUUUCCGCUGGACUUUUGUCCACAAAAUCUUGUUAAACUUGAUAUGCGCGAUAGCCAUCUUGAACAACUUUGGGAGGAAGAUCAGGAUUUACCAAAUUUGAAAAGGCUGGAUCUUAGUUAUUCUCGGAAGCUGAUUCGAAUACCAAACCUUUCAACGUCCCCAAAUAUUGAAGAAAUAAUUCUCAGUCAUUGUGAAAGUUUGGUUCAAAUUUACUGCUCCGGAUUCCUCAGCAAGCUCAAUGUUUUGCGUUUAAAUGGUUGUGUUAAGCUUACGAGUUUAAAUCUUCCUAGCAAUAUUCUAUCGGAACGUUCUGGAUUAGUUGUUCUCUAUAACUGUCGCAAACUCAAAACAUUUUCAUUCAGUAGGAGAGCCGAAGUGAUUGAAUCACAUGGUUGUCCGCGACCGCAUCAGAAUAUAUUAUGGGUUAAUGGAAUAGCUCAAUGUUCUCUAGGAGUAGGAAGGGCUUUUGGAACCUCUCAGCUUUAUAGGGCAUUAGGUCUAGAGACCGAGGAAUAUUCUUCAGAUGCUUUUGACCCCAUUCUUAGUAUUGACAGAUAUGAAAAUGAAUGGGCAGAUAAUGCAUACUCACGGGAAAUUGAAGUGGUGAGAGAAACUGUGUCUUCACUAUUUCCCAGUCUCCAUGAGCUUUGUUGGUUAGAUCUGGAUAGUUGUGAAUCCCUUAAAAGCCUUCCAAUUGACCUUUGUAAGUUGAAAUUACUAAGAAGACUUUAUCUUAGUGGUUGCUCAAAUUUGGAAAAAAUCCCUGAAAUUGAGGAGACAAUGGAAAAUUUAACAGUGCUUGUCUUAGACGAAACAGCGAUACUGGAACUACCUUCAUCCUUGCACCAUUUGGUGGGGCUUGAAGAAUUGAGCUUGCACAAUUGCCAAAGGCUUGAGACUAUUCCAUCUUGCAUUGGAAGUCUCACCAAACUCAGCAAGUUACGCCUUACCUGUUGUGAAUCACUUAAAACUUUCCCAAGCAGCAUUUUCAUGUUGAAGUUGACAAAACUAGAUUUGAGUGGUUGCUCAAUGCUAAAGACCUUCCCAGAUAUCUUGGAGCCUGCAGAAAGUUUUUCUCACAUUAUCUUAACAAAAACAGCAGUUAAAGAACUGCCUUCAUCAUUGGAUUGUUUGGUUGGACUUCAAACCUUGUGUCUGAACUUGUGCAGUGAUCUGGAGUCACUUCCAAACAAUAUCGGUAAUCUGAGCCUUCUCUCUAAGCUUGACUGUUCAGGCUGUGGCAAAUUAACAGAAAUCCCAAAUAGCAUUGCUCGUCUGUCAUCAUUAAGGGAAUUGUCAUUGCAAGGAACCGGAAUCGUGAACCUUUCAGAGAGCAUUGCUCAUCUAUCAAGCUUGGAAUCACUUGAUGUAAGUGAUUGCAGAAAUCUUGAAUGUAUCCCACCGCUUCCACCACUUCUGAAACAGUUAUUAGCCUUUGAUUGCCCAUCCAUUAGAAGAGUGAUGUCAAAUUCAAGGUUUAAACACCCAUCAAAUUCCAAAGAGGGUGCCUUCAAACUUCAUUUCACCAAUAAUGAAGAACAGCAUCCAAGUGCUCAUAGUAAUAUUGUGGCCGAUGCCAGGUUUAGGAUCACCCAAAAUUCAUAUGGCUCUGUGUUCUAUUGCUUUCCAGGGAGUGUGGUUCCUGAUUGGUUCCCUUAUCGUUGUGAGGGACAUUCAGUAACUGUGGAUAAAGAUUCUCUAAAGUGGUGCAAUGAUCAUAGGCUCCUUGGUUUCGCUCUGUGUGUCGUUUUGCGACUUGAAGGCACGGAUGAUACAAAAUAUAAAUCUGGUGAAUUUAGAUACACAUUAACAUUCAAAUCUGAUGGUCGCACACACAUCCUUCCCAACCAUGAUCAGCUAAACAACCGUUUCUAUUGGAAGGGUCGAACGAGAUAUGUCGGGCGAGAUCACACAUUUCUAUGGAAAUAUUACUUAAUGGACUCUGGAAACAUCGAUAACAGGAUCUUUCAAUCCCACAACUUCACUUUUGAGAUCAGCAAGCGUAGCCAUCGGCUGUCAUCUAUUGGAUCGGGUCCUGAGGUGAAAGAGUGCGGAAUAUGUCCUCUUUAUACCAACGAAAAAGAUGAUAAUGGUGACAUUGAUGACUAUUCCAGACUUUCAAAGAAUGCAGUAGGAAGAGGCAAUGUCUAAGAUGAAACAUUUAGCUGUGAAUGACGACCAUAUACCGUCAAAUGCAGAGAAGUUUUUCCAUGGUCCAUGUUUGAACAGCUAAUUGUAAGAUGUUUUUUGUCACUGAUUUUGAUUUGGGCAUUUCAAAUUCAUUUGGAUUUGGUGGACACCACUCUGUCUGUUAUUUUCUGCACUUGAAAGUUGAUCUGAAAUACAUUUUAAAGUUUGGCAUGAUCUGAGCCUGCUUCUUCUAAUUGAGUCCAUGAUCUGCAAAUGUUGUAGGCAUGUAGUGUGUUAAUUGAGGGCUUCAAAGUUGAUCUGAAAUACAUUUUAAAGUUUGGAAGUAUUUGGAACAGAUAUUGUGUAACAGAUAAACAACUUUUUUAGUAUAGCUUGAAUCUUGAAUUGCUUUUGAAGUAUGGAACAGAUAUUGUGUUAUAAUAACUCUACUUAAGCCUUCUUCCUUAGUAAGGGUGUGUUUGGUUUCCAGUUGAAAGCACAUUCAAUUGGCAUAUUUGGCUUUCCAAGACAGUUUUAUCCAAUGCACUGUGUUUUGCCUAUAUGUUGGCAAAACUGAAGUUCAUCGUCAGUUGCACAGAUGUAUAAUUUAUCAGUAGAUACGUCAAAGAGACAACUAUGGCUUGCUGGUUAUUCUUCAUGUUAAUUGGAUGUAUUCAAUCAUGCCCAAGAUUGGGUUGGUGAUUUUUUUUUGGGUUAAAAAAAACUAGGGUCAGGGAUGAUGCCCAGUUCAAGGCAGGAAAAACUGACCACUUACAUAAAUACUUACAUUUACCACACCUCAAGGGGACUAGCGGAGAUUUGAACUUGCAACCGAUCGGGUUCAAAAAAAUUCGAUUUGUAGUCAUGUCUGCAUUGGUUGAUAUAUGGACAAGUGAGAUGUCCAAGCUCAGAGAAAAGAAUCAGAAGAACAAUUACUCUGCUACUGCUCAAAAUGAAGAAUCUAACCAAAGCUUUCAAGAAAAGGACAACAAGAGUUCAACUGCUAAACUCAUGCAGUUUAACAAGCCUAGGUUCCAGCUUUCUGAGGCUACACUUUCCAUGCUUCUUGAGUGUUUCAACGCUUGAACAAUAAUCAAAUACUACUACUACUACUACUUAAGAGUGCCUUUUUAGUUUGUGUUUUAACCCUGUGAAAUGUUGUGAUGAGUUUGUAUAUACUGUUAUUUCAAAGUUUGCAAAAUUGACAUCCCUUGUUAACUUUCUAUGAGUCAGUGCGAUUGGCUAGGCUAAGGACUUUCAGAUAUUUUGUACUUGGUCAUAAGUUGAUAAUUUUGAUUUGAACUCAUUUUGGGUUUUAUAUUUAAUUAUAGACAUGUAUCAACAUCGAAUGAGACUUUCAAUUUAAUCA